AUGCCCACACUACAAGGAGCGACGGUUUCGAGACAAGUGAUGAGGAAGCGAAAGAGGAAGAGCACCGAGGAUACUCAUGCAGAAGCAGCAUCGCAGCCCGCGCCGGACGAGACCGUAUCCCUGACCCCAUCCUCAACCACGUCUACGGUUCCCACCAAAACACACGAUGGAGGCAAGAAGCCGAGAAGAACACCGAAAGCGAAAACAGAUGGCUCAGCUCCGUCACUGGUGCGCCGCACAUCCUCUACCAUCGUCGAAUCCUCCAUUUUGUGGCCAGACCAACUCACACGACUCGCCCAAACCCACCGCGCGUUGAAUCUCGUCUAUACCUUCUGUUGCACGCGUAAACACCUUGCGACAACUUUCGACAACAUAAAGUCAACCGUAGAGGGACACAUAAAGCGGGAGCUACUCGUGGAAGAUGUAGCGCAGAUCAAGGCUUUGAUUCCAUGGGCAAUCAACUUCGUCUACGUGGACGAGGCCAUGCUUCAGGUCAAUCUGAUGGGCUCCGAGGAUAGCUCAGCGGGAAGAAGAGCGAAAGAGUUCAUCGUACCUGAACCUUCGAAGCAGGAACCCAAUGAGAACAAGGAGGUCCUCCUUUUCGAGUACAUCGACGGUGAUCUCAAGCGGCAAGUUCAACAUGCCAAGACCGGAGAGCCAACGAAAGCUACCCAUAAUCUACGGCAAGAGGAACUGAAGAUGCCAGUAUUCAGUCAAAAGCAGAUGAUGAAUCUCAUCGAGAAGCGUAAUAAGAAAUUCACAUCCGCUGUCAAUGCCUUCCUGAAUCAAUGCGCGGAGGACAACGUCGACCCCGUUAGCAGGCUUCAGGAUGAGCUAGCCCUCUGUAUACCGCAACCUUCAGAAAGUAGAGGAACUACCCCGGGUCCAGACCCUCGCGCUCCUUUACCACCGACCAUACCGAAGGAGCGUAAAUUGAUUCCCGAAAUUGUAUCUGAUAUAAAGACCCUCGAGUGGUACACCGGCCAGAUCGUUCCAGAUGGGCACCGAGUGUUUGACCCACAGCCCGCAGUCUACGGCGACCUGAAUUUUGAGAUGUCCCAGAAUAUGGUGAACGCGCUUUACAAUACCCGUAGCAUUACCCAGCUAUACGCACAUCAGGCCGAAGCAAUAAACAACCUGCACGAUGGCCAUAACGUUAUUGUGUCAACAUCGACGAGCUCUGGGAAGUCUCUGAUAUACCAGCUGCCCGUACUUCAUCAGCUGGAGCAGGAUCCGAACACUCGAGCUAUGUAUAUUUUUCCAACGAAAGCGCUAGCUCAGGACCAACGUCGGAGCCUCAAGGACUUGCUUCGUUUCAUGGGAAGCUUACAAGACAUAUUGGUCGAUACCUUUGAUGGAGAUACGCCAAUGACGGAACGAAAUCUUAUCCGCGAUGAGGCCAGAAUCAUUUUCACGAAUCCAGACAUGCUCCAUAUCACCAUUCUGCCACAGGAAGACACAUGGAGAACGUUUCUCCAGAAUCUCAAAUUUGUCGUGGUUGACGAGCUACACGUUUACAACGGCCUUUUCGGGUCGCAUGUUGCCUUCAUCAUGAGACGUCUGCGACGAGUAUGUGCCGCCGUUGGCAAUCGCCAUGUCAAAUUCAUCUCAUGUUCAGCUACCGUUGCUAACCCGGAGGAGCAUAUGAAGACUAUUUUCGGCGUCGAAGAAGUCAAACUUACAGACUUCGAUGGAUCGCCUUCAGGACGAAAAGAGUUUCUCUGCUGGAACACACCAUUCAAGGACCCGACCGAUCCUACAUCGGGUCGAGGCAAUACAAUGGAAGAGGCGGCAAAACUGUUCUGCCAGCUUAUUCUACGUGGUGUCAGAGUCAUCGCAUUCGCAAAGAUUCGAAAACAAUGCGAGGUGCUUCUUGCUGCAGUUAAGACGGAAUUGACUAAUCUUGAGCGUCCAGAGGUAAUGGCAAGGGUGAUGUCGUAUCGAGGAGGAUAUACCCCACAAGAUAGGCGGCAGAUUGAAAAAGAGAUGUUCGAAGGCAAGCUGGUGGGCAUCGUCGGUACUAGCGCACUUGAACUAGGAGUAGAUAUAGGCUCUCUGGAUGCCGUCAUUACUGUUGGCUUUCCCUAUACUAUUUCAAACCUCCGCCAGCAAAGUGGUCGGGCUGGACGAAGAAACAAGGACUCGUUGUCUGUUCUUAUUGGCGACUGCUUUCCCACCGAUCAACACUACAUGGCCAAUCCGGAUGAGAUCUUUACAAAACCCAAUUGUGAGCUUCAAGUAGACCUUGAAAACAUGCUGGUACUAGAGGGCCACAUUCAAUGCGCCGCUCACGAAAUGCCAAUCCAACCUGACGAAGACACUAAGUGGUUCGGGCCGCAUCUUGCUACUAUCGCCAAAGAACGCAUGCGAAAAGACGUUCAAGGUUUCUAUCACUGCAACGAACGCUUCCUCCCCUAUCCAUCCCGCACCGUCGCCAUCCGCGACACCGAAGACACACACUUCGCGAUCAUCGACAUUACCAACAAUGCUAACACGGUCCUCGAAGAACUCGAAGCCUCUCGCGCUUUCUUCACACUCUACGAAGGUGGCAUCUUCCUGCACCAGGGUAGGACGUAUCUUAUCAAAGAGUUCUCGCAAGACCAUAUGAUUGCGAAGGUAGAGCGCGUCAAAGUUGACUGGACGACGCAACAGCGCGACUUCACGGACAUUGACCCUGUUGAAACUGAGGCCAUCCGCAGUAUCCCCAGAUCUCGCUCACGUGCGUACUUUGGUCCUAUAAAGAUCAAGCAAGUCGUCUACGGAUACUUCAAAUUAGACCGCAAGCGCCGCAUCCUGGACGCCGUUGAGGUCGACAAUCCUCCCAUUAUACUCUACAGCAAGGGCAUGUGGCUUGAUGUGCCCAAGCGCGCCCUAGAUAUCCUCAACGAACGUCGCUUGAACAUCGCUGCCGCAAUCCAUGGCGCUGAACACGCAGUCAUGUCACUCAUGCCUAACUAUGUCAUUAGCAUGCCUGGAGACGUCCGCACCGAGUGCAAAGUCGCGAUCAAGGAGUUUGCGCAGAAGCCAAGCGCACGCAAGCGGCCAGCUCGACUGACCUUCUUCGAUGCUAAGGGCGGAGCCGGCGGAAGCGGAAUCUCUACGAAAGCAUUUGAGUUUGUGCAUCUCUUGCUCAAGCAAGCUUGCGAGCGGCUACAGGAAUGCCACUGCCUCGAAGGCUGCUUUGAGUGCUGUUGUAGUGAGCGCUGCAAGGAGGCGAACUCGGUGAUGAGCAAAGCCGGCGCGAAGGUCGUAGUUAUGUGUUUGCUAGGGAGGUCAGAUGAGAUUGAUAUCGAUUCGCUGCCGUGGGGUGAAGAGGAGAGCUCGCCGGCGGGUAUCGAAACUGUGGUAGAGGCGGAGGAGGUUAGGCCAGCGAGGGGUGUGAGGGUUGAUGAUGUUGUGCUGAAGGAUGAAGGCGAUGUAUAA